AUGUACAACAACGGCACAAGAGGCUUCUCCAUACACGACGCAUUCGAAGAGGAGGAAGAAGAAGCGAUACGUGUCUAUGGCUCAACAGUCAUAUCCACGCCAAUGCGUGGUGGAAUGACCAGUGGCGGCUCGAAACAAGGUCGCUCCACCGAAGAUGUAUCCAUACGCAUACAGGAUCCCAAGGGUUACAACAAAUAUGCCGAAGACACUACAUCGCGGGACAGCGAUUCACUCAUACAGGAAUACGGCAAUCUACCUACGGAUGAGACCAACACGUAUUGCUGGCGACACCCGAAGGUGCGUGAAAACUGGCGAACAGUCUUGGCCGCGUUUACUCUGUUGGUCGUUGGCACUGGACUCUUUGUGAUGGGCACAUUUGCCAUUGCCAAUCCAAAUAAUACAUCACAAGGGGUUGUAUUCUUUGUGGCUGGACUCAUCUGCUUUAUACCGGGGGCCUAUCAUGUAGUCUAUAUUUGGUUGGCGGCCAAAGGUUAUCGAGGGUUUGACUUUUAUCACUUGCCUUUGUUUACAUAAGCAAACAGAGAAAUGCAAUGUGCAAAGCAUUGGUUGAUCCAAUAGAAUCAGCAAACU